AUGCUCUGUGGAAAACGGUUUCCCUCCCGUCCAGCAGAUAAGCCGCCCCAGUCUGCUCCCUCCCUUUCACUUGCCCCGCUCGUUUCUGAUUGGCUGCUCCCUCUCCCCUCUGAUUGGCUGCUCCCCCUGCCCUCUGAUUGGCUGCCUCCUCUCCCCUCUGAUUGGCUAGAUUCUCUCGCCUCCGAUUGGUCCAGCGUUCUGGCUUCCACGCCCCCUUCCUGCCCCCUUCCAACAGACGCUUUUCUGACUCUUAAUCGGCGAGUAGGCUUGCCUCUGGCACUUCCUGCUGCUGUCGACAUUGGCAGCGUUGCUGACAUGGCGGAAAACUCUGCUGCGGCUGACGUGGCCGAUGACGAGGACAGAGAGGGUGGUGACGUCAGGAACGUUGAGGAUGACGUGGAGGUUGAGAAGUCAGUUCCUCCUGCUCCCCCUACUCCCGCUGCUCCUCCUUCUCCUCCUCUUCCUGCCCCUCCUUUCCUCCCUCUUCGCCUGCCCUCCUGUGCUGCUGAAACAUUGGCUUCAGUAGAAGCGGCAUCCGCUGCUAAACCAGCAUCUCUAGCGCUUUAG